CCACUCUCCACCAUCCAAGAAUCUAGCUAGUCACCAACCAAACCUCUGCAUUAUUCUCUUCUCUCACUCUCUCUAAGCUCUCUUUUAGUCUUACUCACAAACACUUUUUUCACUGCUUCCAUUACGAACAUAUAUUUAUUAUAUGGCUCCUGAACUUGUCCCCACCGUUGUGAAAUCCAGUGCUGCGUUCACGAAACCCGCGACCCUUCCAAGGCGUGCCUACGUGACAUUCCUCGCCGGAAACGGUGACUACGUGAAAGGGGUGGUUGGCCUCGCCAAAGGGUUGCGAAAGGUGAAAACCGCGUACCCGUUGGUGGUGGCUGUCCUCCCCGAUGUGCCGGAGGAGCACCGUAAGAUCCUGGAGUCUCAGGGCUGCAUCGUUCGCGAGAUCGAACCCGUUUACCCACCCGAAAACCAAACCCAGUUUGCCAUGGCUUAUUACGUCAUCAACUACUCCAAGCUCCGUAUAUGGGAGUUUGUGGAGUACAGCAAGAUGAUAUACUUGGACGGAGACAUUGAGGUAUAUGAGAACAUAGACCACCUAUUUGACCUACCUGAUGGUAACUUUUACGCUGUGAUGGAUUGUUUCUGCGAGAAGACAUGGAGUCACACCCCUCAGUACAAGGUGGGUUACUGCCAGCAAUGCCCGGAGAAGGUGCGGUGGCCCACCGAAUUGGGUCAGCCCCCUUCUCUUUACUUCAACGCUGGCAUGUUCGUGUUCGAACCCAACAUCGCCACCUAUCAUGACCUAUUGAAAACGGUGCAAGUCACCACUCCCACCUCGUUCGCUGAACAAGAUUUCUUGAACAUGUACUUCAAGGACAUUUACAAGCCAAUCCCUUUAAAUUACAAUCUUGUCCUCGCCAUGCUGUGGCGCCACCCGGAAAACGUUAAAUUAGACCAAGUCAAGGUUGUUCACUAUUGCGCAGCGGGGUCCAAGCCAUGGAGAUAUACGGGGAAGGAAGAGAAUAUGCAGAGGGAGGACAUAAAGAUGCUGGUGAAGAAAUGGUGGGAUAUCUACAAUGAUGCUUCGCUUGACUACAAGCCAUUGAUGAAUGCAAGUGAAGCUCCAGCAGCGGAUGGUGUUGACAUUGAACAAUUCGUGCAGGCUCUAUCAGAGGUUGGUCAUGUUCAAUAUGUCACCGCGCCUUCAGCAGCUUAAUUAAGAGGGCACAUUCAAAUCACGACAAAAAACAACCAAGUGAAAAAAAAUAAAAAUAAAAACAAGAGUUGUGAAAAGAAAAAGUUAGAAAACGAGAAGGGAGGAGGAGUAGGAGGAAGACUUUGCGGUCAAAACAAGGGAGGUUUCUUUCUUUUUGGUGUAGAUAUUGGGAGCGGUCGUGGCUUGCUUUAGAAAGGACCUCUUCAGCUUUUAUAUGUUUGUUUUCUUUAAUUUUUGCUCUUUUCCAGUUUUCUUUAUCUUUGGUUUAGCGUCUAUUAAGGUUGGUGGGUCUGUUCAUAUGAGUUUGGAUCUUGUCUUUGUCUACAAGUAUGUGUUAAUUAAUGUAUAUUUUUGUUGUCUCCUUUCCUUUGGUUGGUCGACUUUGCCAUUGUAAUACUCUAAAGGCAAUGCUUAAUGAUUAAGGGAAAUGAUGAACCAGAUUCCAUGUCCAUUUUA